AGCGCCUUGACGCUGCCUCUGGCAGCACGCUCCCCAGAGGGACUUGACGAGAGCCCAUCUGCCUGUGUGUGAGACUGUGAGCUCAGGAUUUCUGUCAAUGCAUUCCAGUAACCCCAAAGUGAGGAACUCCCCGUCAGGCAACACACAGAGUAGCCCCAAAUCAAAGCAGGAGGUGAUGGUCCGUCCCCCUACAGUGAUGUCCCCAUCUGGCAACCCCCAGCUGGAUUCCAAAUUUUCCAACCAGGGCAAACAAGGGGGCUCCACCAGCCAAUCCCAGCCCUCUCCCUGUGAUCCCAAAAGUGGGGGUCAUCCCCCUAAAGUGCUCCCUGGCCCAGGUGGGAGCAUGGGGCUGAAGAAUGGGGCUGGAAAUGGUGCCAAGGGGAAGGGGAAAAGAGAGAGGAGCAUUUCAGCAGACUCCUUUGAACAGAGGGAAGCUGGGACUCCUAAUGACGACCCUGAAAUCAAAGACUGCAAUUCUGCUGAUCAUGUGAAGUCCCAGGAGUCUCAGCACACACCGCACUCCAUGACUCCUUCAAAUACUUCAGCCCCAAGGUCUUCCACACCUUCCCACGGCCUGACUGCCACUUUGGAGCCAGCAAGCGGGCAGAAGACUCCAUCCAAAGUGGUUUAUGUCUUUUCUACUGAGAUGGCCAACAAGGCUGCAGAAGCUGUGCUGAAGGGACAGGUGGAAACCAUUGUGUCCUUUCAUAUCCAGAACAUCUCAAACAGCAAGGCAGAACGAAACACUCUACCCUUGAACCCCCAGAUUGCUGCACUUCGGCCUGAACCCAAACCCCUGCCACAGCCCCAGUCUGCCGCUGCCCAGGACCAGAACCCUUCCCAGAAUGCCAAAAUGCAGCCGACUCCACCUGCGUCAGCGCCAGUAUCCAAAUCCACUGGCCCCCCGUGUCCCAUAGAUCAGGACAAUCCCAGUGUGGAAAGCAAAGUGAUGUCUGUGGGCAGCCCUGCCAACUCUACCCCAUUGCAGACAGAAGGAUUUGGGCAGAGUUCGACCCCAAAUAAUCGAGCAGUUAGCCCGGUUUCCCAAGGUAGCAAUAGCUCUGCUGCAGAUCCCAAAGGUCCUCCCCAGCAGGUGUCUGGUGGGGACCCAUCCAGUUUGGGCGAGAAUCCAGAUGGACUGUCACAGGAGCAGCUGGAGCAUCGAGAGCGCUCGUUGCAGACCCUGAGAGACAUACAGCGCAUGCUCUUCCCAGAUGAGAAGGAGUUUGCGGGAGGGCAAAGUGGGGGGCCGCCCCCAAGUUCUGGGGUGCUGGAUGGUCCCCAAAAGAAACCUGAAGGGCCAAUACAGGCCAUGAUGGCUCAAUCCCAAAGUUUAGGCAAAGGGUCAGGGUCUCGGACAGAUGGAGGGGCUCCAUUUGGCCCUCAAGGACACAGGGACAUGCCUUUUUCCCCAGAUGAAAUGGGGCCACCACCAAUGAACUCCCAGUCAGGACCCAUAGGUCCAGACCACCUGGACCACAUGACUCCUGAGCAGGUGGCCUGGCUCAAGCUGCAGCAGGAGUUUUACGAGGAGAAGAGAAGAAAGCAAGAGCAGGUGGUUGUGCAGCAGUGCUCCCUGCAGGACAUGAUGGUCCAUCAGCAUGGACCUCGUGGGGUGGUCCGAGGCCCUCCCCCUCCCUACCAGAUGACCCCUGGGGAGGGCUGGGGACCUGCGGGUCCAGAGCCCUUCCCUGAAGGCAUGAACAUGUCGCACACUCUGCCUCCCAGGGGCAUGGCCCCUCAUCCCAAUGUGCCCGGGAGCCAGAUGCGCCUGCCUGGUUUUGCCGGAAUGAUGAACCCUGACAUGGAGGGCCCUAGCGUCUCAAAUCCUGCCUCCCGGCCUGGGCUUUCGGGAGUUAGUUGGCCAGAUGAUGUGCCAAAAAUCCCAGAUGGCCGAAACUUCCCUCCUGGCCAGGGUGUCUUCAGCGGCCCUGGCCGAGGGGAGCGGUUCCCAAAUCCGCAGGGCCUGCCUGAAGAGCUCUAUCAGCAGCAGCUGGCUGAGAAGCAAAUGGGCCUGCCUCCUGGCCUGAACAUGGAAGGCAUCAGGCCUGGCAUGGAGAUAAACAGAAUGAUGCCCUCCCAGAGACACUUGGAGGCUGGGAGCAACCCCAUCUUCCCUCGCAUGCCGGUGGAAGGGCCAAUGAGCCCUUCCAGAGGGGACUUCCCAAAAGGAAUACCCCCACAAAUGGCCUCUAGCAGGGAGCUGGAGUUUGGGAUGGGCCCCGGCAGCAUGAAGGGGGACAUGGGCAUGAAUGUCAGCAUGGGCUCCAACCCACCCCUGGUCCCUCAGAAGCUGAGGGAGGCAGGAGUUGGGCCAGAAGAGAUGAUGAAACUGCGGCCAGGCGUCUCGGAGAUGCUGUCCUCCCAGCAGAAAAUGGUCCCGCUGCCAUUUGGGGAGCACCCGCAGCAGGAGUAUGGCAUGGGUCCCAGGCCUUUCCUUCCCAUGUCUCAGGGCCCAGGAGUUGGUCUCCGAAAUCUCAGAGAACAGAUUGGGCCUGACCAAAGGACUAACAACCGGCUCAGCCACAUGCCGCCACUACCUCUCAAUCCCACCAGUAACCCUAAUAGCCUCAACACUGCUCCCCCCGCGCAGCGCAGCCUCGGCCGCAAGCCCUUGGAUAUCUCUGCAGCCAGUCAGGUGCAUUCACCAGGAAUCAACCCCCUGAAGUCCCCCACGAUGCGCCAGGUCCAGUCUCCCAUGAUGGGGUCUCCCUCGGGGAACCUCAAGUCCCCUCAGACGCCCUCNNUGCUUGCGGGUCCCACUGCUGCAGCUGCUGCUGCCUCCAUUAAGUCCCCUCCUGUCUUGGGGUCUGCUGCUGCUUCUCCUGUCCACCUCAAGUCUCCAUCUCUCCCUGCACCUUCUCCGGGAUGGACUUCGUCUCCAAAGCCUCCUUUGCAGAGCCCUGGGAUUCCCCCGAACCACAAGGCAUCUCUCACCAUGUCUUCUCCAGCCAUGCUGGGGAAUGUGGAGUCAGGUGGUCCACCUCCUUCCACAGUCAGCCAGUCUGCUCCUGUGACUCUCCCUGGAAAUCUUCCCUCUAGCAGUCCUUACACAAUGCCUCCAGAGCCGACCCUCUCCCAGAAUCCCCUCUCCAUUAUGAUGUCCAGGAUGUCCAAAUUUGCCAUGCCCAGCUCUACACCGCUCUAUCAUGAUGCCAUCAAAACUGUGGCCAGCUCAGACGAUGACUCCCCUCCAGCACGCUCCCCAAAUUUGCCACCUAUGAACAGCGUACCAGGUAUGGGCAUUAAUUCUCAGAAUCCUCGAAUUUCAGGUCCAAACCCAGUGGGUCCAAUGCCAACCCUUAGCCCAAUGGGAAUGACCCAGCCUCUUUCCCAUAACAACCAGAUGCCCUCUCCAAAUGCUAUGGGACCCAAUAUACCUCCUCACGGGGUCCCAGUGGGACCUGGCCUGAUGUCACACAACCCAAUGAUGGGGCAUGGUUCCCAGGAGUCUCCAAUGGUACCUCAAGGACGCCUGGGCUUCCCCCAGGGGUUCCCUCCCGUACAGUCCCCUCCACAGCAGGUGCCAUUUCCACACAACGGGCCCAGCGGUGGACAAGGCAACUUCCCAGCGGGAAUGGGCUUCCACGGAGAAGGACCUCUGGGGCGUCCUACCAACCUGCCCCAAAGUUCGACAGAUCCAGCACUUUGCAAGACUGGAGGCCCCGGCGGUCCAGACUCCUUCACUGUUCUUGGAAACAACAUGCCUUCGGUUUUCGCCGAUCCAGAGCUGCAGGAGGUGAUCCGCCCCGGGGCCACGGGAAUACCUGAGUUCGACCUGUCCAGGAUUAUCCCGUCGGAGAAGCCCAGCCAGACACUACAGUAUUUCCCUCGUGGGGAGGUGCCAGGCCGCAAGCAGCCGCAGGGGCCUGGGCCGGGGUUCUCCCACAUGCAGGGGAUGAUAGGAGAGCAGACCCCGAGGAUGGGACUAACGUUGCCUGGCAUGGGGGGCCCUGGGCCAGUGGGAACUCCAGAUAUCCCUCUUGGGACGGCUCCGUCCAUGCCAGGUCACAACCCGAUGAGACCGCCUGCCUUCCUGCAGCAAGGCAUGAUGGGGCCGCACCACCGCAUGAUGUCACCAGCACAAACAGCAAUGCCUGGCCAGCCCGCGCUAAUGAGCAACCCCGUGGCCGCCGUGGGCAUGAUCCCGGGCAAGGACCGAGCCCCUGCAGGGCUGUACAGCCACCCGGGCCCCGUGGGGUCACCUGGGAUGAUGAUGUCAAUGCAGGGCAUGAUGGGACCCCAACAAAACAUCAUGAUUCCUCCCCAGAUGAGGCCCCGAGGUAUGGCUGCUGACGUUGGCAUGGGAGGAUUUAGCCAAGGCCCUGGAAACCCAGGGAACAUGAUGUUUUAAGCUGCUACCAUAAGACUGGAUGUUCUGAUCCUUGUCAAGAUGAGAUUCCAAGUCCUGAGGGCUUUUUUGGGAGCUUCAGGAGUACAGUUUGGCCAUGCAAUAGGUGAAAAGAGACCAGAGGAUGCUUUGGGAAAUCUCGAAUGUAUGGAAUUACCUGAAAAAAAAAAAAAAAUCAUUUUAACAGUUUUUUUUUUUAAGAUUUAUUUUUUAAAAAUUAUUUUUGUGAACUUGGGUAUCCCGUGAUGGCACCUGCUUUGAGAAUCUGUAGCUGUAUUUUGAGAAUUGCCAUUUGUCACAAGUUGCACCAUUCUCUGUAUGUUUACGUCCUUCGGACUGGCUUCUCCCAGGACUCUCGGUUAUUUUUGGGGUUUUUUGUGUACUGUACUAUAUUGUAAAAGGGAUUUUAGCAGAGACUUUAGUCUUUGGGGUGAGAGGAGAAUGGGAUUCUAGGCUGUUUACUUUAGGUGGAGAAUCCAUCUUUGGAACUUUGGACUAUUUUCCUUCAACUCCAAUGUAUAGAAAAACCAAACUACGACCUCAGAGCAGAGUAUUAAUGAAAAGCACAAAAAGGAACUUAAGUUCAGUGAGGGGAAUCUUUUAAAAGAAAUAAAUAAUAAGUUAAGGACAUAUUUUUCAAAUUAUGGCGUGCUGUCCAGCACCUUCUGUCUCUCCCUCCCACUCUUUAUUAAAUAGGCUUCUCUCUCUCUCCAUCCCCUUUCUGUCUCCUCCUAUGGCAGCUGCAAUACAUUGUGUUAUUUUGAGGAGUAAAUCUAGGAGAGCCUCUCCUCAUGUGGGGACUCUUCCCACUUUUAGGAAGGGGCUGGACUUGGACACUGUUACAUCAUACAGUAGUCUCUCUCACUGUUUCCUAUUCUCCUUUUCUUAGAAACCCCAAGUGAUUUUAUUAAUGUGGGAGUGGAACAGACACUAAAAGUUACCCAGGAUUUUUUUGUGGUUAUUUUUUUUUCCUCCCCAGCGUAAAACGUUCUGUGUAACCUCCAUUAAAUUUGGUACAAAACCACUUGCCAGGGCUGUGGUGUCAGAAAAAUAAAAUAUAUUGUUUCUUA